CGCGAAUAUUCGAAAUAGGUUGCAGCCGCCGCUUCUUGAUUUCAUCGUUGUCUAUUAAUAAAUUCGUUAACAUUGAAGCCUGUAGAAGUUUAGUUAGCGCCGAGCCGUGGAGCCUUCAGCACUGAAAUUGCACAAUGGCGCAAUUUUUUUUUCAAUGUAUCUUAUUUCAUGUUCCAGUCAAAAGAUGGGGUUAAAUAACAAUCGAUGUUUUAAAGAAUGACCACGAGAUGGAACUAAUCAAUCAGAUGCAAUACAAGAUGACGUAUGUACUGGGAAUGGUGCCCACCGAAGCCGGUAGUAAGCCGUUUGCUGGAUGCUGUCAACAAACUUUACUUGGAAAUAAGCCAAUGGAUAAAAGAGUGUGGAAGGCGGAGGCGAGGGCGAGGCUUGGGUAUAGGGGUUCGCAGAAGCCGGAGCCGGGUAGCGAACGCAGGCGUAGGGGGCGCGAGGGCGUGCUCCCCUCCACUGGGGCCGUGUGCAACGCGCGUAUAGACUACGGCGGCGCGCUGCCCUCGCUCAUCAUUCGACCUCCGCGCACCGCAGUCUAGGCACCAACGCCCUGCACUGUUAACGCGAUCGGGAGCACGACUCUCGUACCGACUCGACGAACAGG